AUGUGGCAUUUUAUCCCUCCGAGAUCCCCCCACUUUGGUGGGCUCUGGGAGGCGGCCGUAAAAUCUUCGAAGCACCUCAUGCUUCGCGUGAUUGGUGAAAAAUUAUUUCAAUACGAUGAAUUAUUAACUUUUGCAAUUGAAGUAGAAGCAAUUCUAAAGUCGCGUCCAAUAACUCCCAUCCUUUCCGAUCCCAAUGAUUUGGCUGCUAUCACACCUGGCCACUUCCUCAUUAGUGACUCAUUUACAAGCAUGCCAGAACAAAACCUGGAGGAAAUUUCUUCAGGACGUUUAUCGUCUUGGCAACAUUUCCAACAGAUGCGUCAACAUUUUUAG